AUGACGAUGAAGACUGUCGAUGGGACGAAUGCCCUAGAUUGUCCCGUACUCACCGACCCAACGAAGCAAAAUGAAGUCUACUCGUACUUGGAGAAUCUCAAGAAAGACAAUGCUGGCUGGCGUCGGUCUGUCGAAAACAUCGUCGGCAAUCUUAUAAGAAACCAUGAGGAGCAUUUUCUCUUGCUGCAAGUCGUAGAGGAUUACUUGCGAAAACGAUACUCUCAGGCCACGAUCGAAGAAAUAGAGAUAAUUCGAACUUUCCUCAGGAACUGGAUGCAAAAAUUGGCUUCUGGAACUUUUGUGCCCUCAUUUCUCAUCAACAAGAUGGGUCAUAUAUUUUCGAUCGUAUUUUCUGUCGAUUUUCCCCUACGCUGGCCUCGCUUUAUGCAAGAAGUGUUCCUAGAGAGAGGUUUUCCCCAUCAAUCAAAUGUUCAUUUCUACCUAAAAACUCUGAUUUCAAUUGACCAAGAGGUUGUGGACCGAGAUAUUGAGCGUAGCAAAAGAGCUUUUGAUAGAAACACGAAAAUCAAGGAUGCUAUGCGAGAACUCUGCAUCAAAGACUGCGCGGAAAGUUGGUGGCAAAUUCUGGAAAAUCCAAACCUUUCUGCCGAUCAUUCAUUAGUCUUCGAUGUUGUUGCUGCAUACAUUGAUUGGAUUGAUUUGGAACUGGUCGCUACUGAACGAUUCGUGCCACUUUUGAUUAAAGGGUUGUCAAAUAACGAAUCUUCAGAGGCAGCAGUAAGAGCUGUUGAAGGACUUGUGCAAAAGGAUGGAGAGGGCGAAGAUGAAAUUCACUUUCAUGAUUAUCGCAAGCAACUACGACAACUUAUCAACCCAAUUGGAACAAAACGUGUGCAAUUGGUCGUCGAGCCUAUUGAGCAAAUGGUGUCACAAGUACUUUUGGCUGGUACAGCGAGCAAUAUUCGUUUGGUGGAAUCAGUAGUACAAUUGGUCUACGCGCUUUCUGAGAUGAUACCGUCUACUUUCACUCAACAAACAAAGGAAAAAAGACGUAUGGCUUGUUCGUGCCACGCAACUACCCUUGGCUUUAUUGCAAGCGAUACCUCU